ACUGCCUCUCCUCGCUCUCUAUCUGUCUAUCUAUCUAUCAUCCCCAGCUCUUCUGCAAUGCCAAGGGCAACGUAGAGCUGCUGCUUCAGAGUCUUAAUUGGUUCUGUCACAAGAACAAGAAUUGCCCAGGUUUCAUUCAAUUCAUUCAUUGGUGCAGUUAACUAGCUAAGCUAAGCUAAGCUUUGGGGGGGGGGGGGAAUCAACCAUGGCGCCCAAGGCUGGGAAGGCCAAACCUCACAAGGCCAAGGGAGAGAAGAAGAAGAAGGAAGAGAAAGUUCUGCCCACCGUGCUGGACGUCACCGUCGAGACGCCGGACUACACGCAGCUGACGCUCAAGGGCAUAUCAACGGACAGGAUUCUCGACGUCCGGAAGCUCCUGGCCGUCCACGUGGACACAUGCCACCUCACCAACUACUCCCUGUCCCACGAGGUUCGUGGGGCCCAGCUCAAGGACACGGUGGAGAUCGCCUCCCUCAAGCCCUGCCACCUCAGCAUCGUCGAGGAGAGCUACACGGAGGAGCUCGCCGUCGCGCACGUGCGGCGCCUGCUGGACGUCGUCGCCUGCACCACCGCGUUCGGGCCGAGGAAGAGCGCUCCGGAGCAGCAGCAGCAGCAGAAGCCCGAUGCGGCGCCCCCGCCCGAGGCCGCUGCCAAGGCCCCCGGCUCGCCCGGCUCCGGCGGCGGCGGGGGUGGGGAGGAGCCCAUGUACCCGCCGCCGAAGCUGGGCCAGUUCUACGAGUUCUUCUCGUUCUCCCACCUCUCCUCGCCUCUCCAUUAUAUUAGGAGGUCGACGCGCCCAUUCGUUGAUGACAAGAAGGAUGAUGACUUCUUCCAGAUCGAUGUAAGGGUUUGUAGCGGGAAGCCGGUGACCAUCGUGGCCUCCAUAGCUGGAUUCUAUCCAGCAGGGAAGCGAUCACUCAUCUGUCACUCCCUUGUUGGGCUCUUGCAGCAGACAAGCCGGGCAUUUGAUGGAGCUUACAAGGCUCUUAUGAAGGCUUUUGUUGAGCACAAUAAGUUUGGAAACCUUCCUUAUGGAUUCCGGUCAAACACCUGGGUGGUUCCACCUGCUGUUGCUGAUUUGCCAUCGGUGUUCCCACCCCUUCCAACUGAAGAUGAAACUUGGGGUGGCAAUGGUGGUGGCCAGGGAAGAGAUGGAAAACAUGACCAUAGGCCAUGGGCAAAAGAAUUUUCCAUACUGGCUGCAAUGCCUUGCAAAACAGCUGAGGAGAGGCAAAUCCGAGACAGGAAGGCUUUCCUACUCCAUAGUUUGUUUGUAGAUGUUGCUGUUCUUAAAGCUGUUGCUGCUAUUCAGAAAACAGUCCCUGACAAGAGUUCACAUGAAACACCAAAUGACACCACAAAUCCAGAUUUUCACACGCAACAAAUUGGAGAUAUGAAAAUAACAGUCACAAAGGACAAAGCAGAUGCAAGUUCUAAGUUAGAUGUCAAGUUAGAUGGAAGUCAGGCUCCAGGAAUGCUGUCUGAUGAGCUUGCUAAGAGAAAUCUGUUGAAAGGCAUCACUGCUGAUGAGAGUGCAACAGUACAUGAUACUGCUACCCUUGGUGUGGUGGUUGUGAAGCAUUGCGGAUACACAGCUGUUGUUCAAGUUCCAGUAGAUGCUCAACUGACAACUGUUUCUCUAGUGGGGCAUGGCAUUGACAUUGAAGAUCAGCCUGAAGGAGGUAGCAAUGCACUCAAUGUCAAUAGCUUAAGGAUGCUGCUUCAUAAACCAUGUACUCAACCAUCUGGUGGAGUUCAGCGGUUGCAAAGUUCUAGUCCUCAAGAGAGUGACUAUAGUGCAAAUUUUGUGCGCAAGAUAAUGACAAAUAGUCUGCAGAAGCUUGAAUGUGAGACUCCAAGAGAAACAAGACCAAUUAGGUGGGAGCUUGGAGCUUGCUGGGUACAGCACCUACAGAAUCAAACUUCUGAGAAAGCUGACAACAAGAAAAAUGAGGAGACUAAGGAUGUUCCUACAGUGAAAGGUCUGGGGAAACAGUUUGGUCAGCUGAAGGAGAUCAAGAAGAAGACAGAUGACAAGAGUGGAAAAAGUGUAUCCCUGAAAGAAAACACUCUGGCAAAUACAAAUGAUGCGCAAACAGUCAACUCUUCAAGCACAGAGGAGGAUAAAGAGGCAAUUCUGCAGAGAUGGCUUCCGGAAGCAGCUUUCCAGAGACUAAAGGAAUCUGAAACUGGACUUCAUGCGAAGUCACCUGAUGAAUUAAUUGAGAUGGCACACAAAUAUUAUGAUGAUACUGCCCUGCCAAAAUUGGUAGCAGAUUUUGGUUCACUUGAGCUUUCACCUGUUGAUGGAAGGACAUUGACAGAUUUUAUGCACACCAGGGGACUUCAGAUGCGCUCACUGGGACAAGUGGUUGAGCUUGCUGACAAGCUCCCACAUAUACAAUCCUUGUGUAUACAUGAGAUGGUAGUUCGAGCAUUUAAGCAUGUACUUCGGGCUGUUAUUGCAGCUGUUGAUGAUAUAAAUGACAUGGCUGAGGCCGUUGCAUCAUGUCUGAACAUCUUGUUGGGACCGUUUCCUGAAGAAAAUAGUGACGGAAAGUGCUACGAGGAUAACAAUCUCAGGCAAAGGUGGCUGGAGGUCUUUCUAGUAAAGAGAUUUGGCUGGAUAUGGAAAGAUGAAUAUCGCCUUGAUCUAAGAAAAUAUGCCAUCCUCCGUGGUAUCUGCCAUAAGGUAGGACUUGAGCUAGUUACCAAAGAUUAUGACAUGGAUAUGCCAAAUCCAUUCAGAAGGUCAGAUAUAAUCAGCAUUGUUCCUAUCUACAAGCAUGUUGCGUGCUCAUCAGCAGACGGUCGAACCCUGUUGGAGUCAUCCAAAACUUUCCUGGACAAAGGAAAACUUGAGGAUGCUGUUAACUAUGGCACAAAGGCUCUUGCAAAACUUGUUGCUGUCUGUGGUCCUUAUCACAGAAUGACAGCAGGAGCAUACAGCCUUUUGGCGGUAGUUCUUUAUCAUACUGGUGACUUCAACCAGGCAACUAUCUAUCAACAGAAGGCUUUGGAUAUCAAUGAGAGAGAACUUGGACUUGAUCAUCCAGAUACGAUGAAAAGCUAUGGAGAUCUUGCAGUUUUCUAUUAUCGCCUGCAACAUACAGAAUUGGCGUUAAAGUAUGUGAAUCGUGCACUAUAUCUUUUGCACCUGACAUGUGGACCCUCUCAUCCUAAUACUGCUGCAACUUACAUUAAUGUGGCAAUGAUGGAAGAAGGGCUGGGUAAUGUUCAUGUUGCACUUCGUUAUCUUCAUGAGGCUCUAAAAUGCAACAAACGAUUGCUUGGUGCUGAUCACAUACAGACUGCUGCUAGUUACCAUGCUAUUGCUAUUGCUCUUUCUUUAAUGGAAGCAUACUCUUUGAGUGUCCAACAUGAAAAAACUACUUUACGAAUACUUCAAGCAAAGCUUGGGUCAGAAGAUCUUCGUACACAGGAUGCUGCUGCUUGGCUUGAAUACUUCGAGUCCAAAGCACUAGAGCAACAGGAAGCAGCACGUAAUGGUACUCCAAAGCCUGAUGCUUCAAUAGCAAGCAGAGGCCAUCUGAGUGUAUCAGAUCUUCUGGAUUAUAUCAAUCCAGAUGAUGAACUCAAGGCUAAGGAAAUGCAGAAGAAACAAGCCCGUGCGAAGAUCAAAGGCCGUACCGGGCAAAAUCCAUCUGAAGUAGUUGAUGAUGAAGAUCAAAGGAGCCCACCACCUAACAAUGACCAUUCAUUACCUAUGAAGGAAAGUUCUGAAGCCAAAGAGAAUGGAACAUUUGUUCACGAAAAAUCAAAAGAAGAAACAUCAGUUAACACCAUAAGCCGUAUAGGUAUACCUCAAGAUGAUUUUACUGAAGAGUACACGUCAGAUGAAGGGUGGCAAGAAGCAGUUCCAAAGGGACGAUCCACAGGGAACCGCAAAACUGGCGGAAGUUCAAGGAGGCCAAAUCUGGCAAAGAUCAGUACAAAUGCACUAAACAGUACUGAAAAUGCAAGAUUCAAAGGAAGAGCUUCCUCUAACUUCUCUUCCCCUCGAGUUUCACCUAAUGAGGCUGUAGCUGCAAAGAAACUGGUGAAGAGUUCAAGCUUCAAUUCCAAACCAGGCAGCCCUGCUAUAUCAUCAAACAGUGGGGAGAAUUCAUCCAAUCCGAACUCUGUUUCUCCAAGCCCUGCAACUACCCCAGCAGCUGCCAAGGCGAUCCUGUCUUCAACACCUAUUGCCAGUCAAACAGUAAGGAAGGCAUUAUCAUACAAGGAAGUAGCAAUAGCUGCACCAGGAACUCUUGUCAAAGCAUUGAAUGAUGCACAUACGGAGGAAAAAGAUACAACUGAUGCAGGUGCAAAUGUUGAUAGUGCUAAGCCCCCAAAGGAAAGUAAUGGUCACCUUUCUAAAGAGAAAGAUGGAGCUAUACAAGUGUCACCAAAGGGUAAUACUUCUCAAGUAUCGAAAGAAACUGGUGAAGGGAAAUCUUCCAAUCCUGAUAAUGAGCAAACUAUUGUUUCAUCUGGAUUUAAUCAAUCAGAGACAGAGCCUGAAAAGACCUCAGAUCUAGUAGGGACGUCUGUAGCUAAGAACAGAGAUCUUGUUGGCUCGGAUGUAUCAUCUUCAUCUCAAUCACUAACAGCACCAACUGAAGCUAAUGCCCCAAACGAAGUAGCAUCAAUGGUGACUGAGGCAAAUGAUUCUUCCUCCAACGACGAUGAAAGAGAUGCUGGAGAGGAUGCUCAAGACCAGCUGUCUAGUGGAGGCGAAAAUGAUAAAUCUUCACCAUCUGAAAGUGAAAAGAAUGAUUCACCAGGUGCCAAAGAGACAGCCAGUAAGCUUUCUGCUGCUGCUGCUCCAUUCAAUCCCUCCACUGUUCCGGCUUUCGGGUCAAUGGCCAUUCCAGGUUUCAGAGAACAUGGAGGACUGUUGCCAUCGCCAGCCAAUGUACCCCCAAUGUUGUCCAUCCCUCUGCGUAAGCACCCUCACCAAUCUGCAACUGCAAGAGUCCCUUAUGGUCCACGGUUGGCUGGAGGCUACAACAGAUCAGGUCACCGUGGCCCUCGUAACAAGUCUGCUUUGCCAAGUGGUGAAGGCCUUACAGAAGCAAACGCAUUUGCCCCUAGGGUGAUGAACCCUAACGCGGCUGAGUUUGUGCCAGGUCAAUCUCGGAGUCCUAAUGGUAAUCCAGCUUCUCCAAAUGGACCUCAAACAUCACCAGGUGGCACUGAAGCUUCACCGCAUGGCCUUCCUUCCCCCUCAGACAGUAUAAUAGAGUCACCCUUAACUGCAUCCCCACAAGUUUCUGAAAUUAGCCAGACCAGUCCUGAAGGAAAUGAUACAUCUAGCGGGAUUGAUACUGAAAAUGGGAGUGAAAAACCGGACACAGAUGGCAAGAACCAUGUGGAAAAUAAAGACGACGAAGUGGGGCCUGAGCAAACUGUUGCUUCUAAAGGUGAUGAAGGUGGUGCAAUUACCCAGGAAGAUGGUUCAGCCGUGACUGAAAAGCAAAAGUCCUGGGCAGACUACAGUGACGGAGAAGCUGAGGCUGUUGAGGUUGCAGGCUGAGAAAAGAUGACAAACCUUCUCAGUACACACAGAAAUUUUAAUUCUUUUACAGAUGAGCCUUUUUUCUUCUGGACAGCAUACAAAUUCAAACCGGCACACUGCUAUUUUGUGUAGAGAAUUAGUUCCUUUCCUGAUCCAUCUCAUGGUAUGUAGCAUCUACAUGCUUCUGCAGUUCCACUGGCCUUCAAAGGUUUAUGCAAUGGUAGAGAACUUUGCAGAAUUCUUCCUGAGAGUGAUCGAUGAGCCCUUUUUCCGUUCUGUUUGCUUUGCAUUGCUCCAAAGAAACUUGGGAAGAGCAAGCACACGAGAGAUUGGUGAACGCAUACCAUAGUUCAUAGUCCUUCCUUUUUUUUUCCAAUCAUUUUAUUAUCCAUGUCAUUAUGUGCUGGACCAUCUGUCGACAUAACAUAUGUGUACUUAUUUUACUCUGAAUUUUGAUAAAUUAGAAUUGUUAAAACAUGUAAGAUUAUAAAGAAAGUGGUGCCUAUUUGGCCGCUUUUUUUAUGUGAAUUUUACCCAGAUGAAA